AUGAAUCUCAUCUACUCAACGGUUAACACGAUCCGGGACAAAUACACUCCCGUGAGCCACACAUCAACAUUUCGAAAGACGGGCCAGAUCACCCCCGAGGAGUUUAUAGCGGCCGGCGACUAUCUCGUCUUCAAAUUCCCAACUUGGUCCUGGGUAGAUGCCGAUUCCGAGUCCAAGCGCGUGUCCUACUUACCACCCGGAAAGCAGUUCUUAGUCACACGAAAUGUUCCUUGCAACCGCCGCCUCGAUGAAGACUUUGCUGGAGAUGCGGGUCACGAAGAAGCAGUGGUUGGCGAUGGUGACGAUUUCAAUUCCAAAGGCCGCGGUGACGAUGAUGGAUGGCUACGCACGGGUGGUCUAAGCAGCUCGCAGCCACUCAAAGCUAAGGACGUACGAACCGUUGAUGAUGCGGGCAAUGUCGGAGAGGGCCUAGAUGAUGAUGAUGAUGAAAUCCCGGACAUGGAAGAUGAUGAUGACGAUGACGAAGCCAUCAUUCGCGAUACCGAUCCGCACAGGAGGACGGCCGCCCGUCGCACGUACACCCUUUACAUCAUGUAUUCCCCUUACUACCGUACACCCCGCCUAUAUCUAUCAGGCUACACCGAAGGACAACCCCUCGCUCCUCAUCUGAUGAUGGAGGAUAUCGUCGGCGACUACAAGGACAAGACGGUGACAUUGGAAGACUUCCCUUUCUUUGCUAACAACGUCAAGAUGGCCAGCGUGCAUCCGUGUAAACAUGCUUCCGUUAUGAAGACUCUCCUGGAUCGCGCGGAUGCCGCCUUAAAAAUAAGACGUGACAAAAUGAAGUCCGGAAAGGCAGUUGGCAUCGAUGCCGGCAUGGAAGGUCUAGUGGACGAGAUCAAUAAGCUCGAUGUCAAGAGUGCUGAAGCCGCUGCCGAAUCAAGUAAUGACGAUUGGGAAGAAGUGGAAGUAGAAGACCAAGAGGUAGCCAUCCGAGUUGACCAAUACCUUGUUGUAUUUCUUAAGUUCAUGGCCAGCGUUACCCCUGGCAUCGAGCAUGAUUUCACUAUGGGCGUGUAA